CAUCCUUUCUUCUUUCUCCCUGAGUAAAGAUGGCGGACGAGGCGACCCGGCGGGUAGUGGCUGCGCUGCCGCUGCUGAAAACCAACGCCGGUCCGCGGGAUAAGGAGCUGUGGAUCCAGCGGCUGAAGGAGGAAUACCAAGCGCUCAUUAAGUACGUGGAGAACAACAAGAAUGCCGAUAACGAUUGGUUCAGGUUGGAAUCUAACAAGGAAGGUACCAGGUGGUUUGGGAAGUGCUGGUACAUCCACAAUCUCUUGAAAUACGAAUUUGCCGUUGAGUUCGAUAUUCCAGUUACGUAUCCAUCUACGGCACCAGAAAUCGCGAUUCCAGAACUGGAUGGCAAAACAGCCAAAAUGUACAGGGGAGGCAAGAUAUGCCUGACGGACCAUUUCAAGCCCUUGUGGGCUAGGAACGUACCAAAAUUUGGACUAGCCCACCUCAUGGCCUUGGGGCUGGGACCAUGGCUGGCGGUAGAGAUUCCAGAUCUGAUCUCCAAGGGGCUGAUUGAACACAAAGAUAAAUGAAGGCCCCCCCACCAUCUCACGGAUUCCCCUUAAGACCUUCCGGCGCUCGGAUCUGUGAUAUUGACUCUCAUAUAUUUCUGUGUCUUAAUUUCUCCUUGUGGGUUGCUAGCAAAAUUGUGCCAUGUGUCUCUCGAACGAAACAAACGGGAAAAGAAAUAAUAGCCCUGCUGAUCUGUUACCGUUUACUUGGGAGUUCACCGAGAUGGAUAUAACCCUGUUUAUUUAUUUAAAGAAAAAUACCAGCAUGCCAAUCUUUCAGAGCGUUGUGGAGACCAACUGCAAUUUGCAUGCCUUUUUUUUUUUUUUGGGAAAGUUGUUUAAAAGGUUACUGAAAACAGAGAACGCAAACAACUUUAAAACAAGACCGGACGGAUUCACCUUGGCAAGAAAACGACUCAAGGUUUUCUUUUCCAACUUAUGGCAUAAAAAAUGUAGCUGGAUUGUACGAAACGCCUGUGAUCGCAUUUCUGAUUUGCAAAUAAAUUCUUUAGCCUGUG